GGGCCGGCACAUGUUUGGUCCUGUAGAGCCCAAAGAUAACUCUGCUCGUUGCCUCGCGGUUGCAACAUUGUCGCGCCGUUUUUAUUCCUUUUUGAGCUCACCUAUCUGGACGAACGAUAUACAAUAUGCAGGGUGCUCGAACCACGAGAGGCUGUGUGAAUUGCAGACAAAAGAAGAAAGGCUGCGACAUGAAGAAACCGACAUGUGGUCGAUGUCUGCGUCUCAAGAUGCCUUGUGCGUUUGAAGAGCGCAGAUAUGUCUUCAUCAGCCACGGCGGAAAUUUAAGCACGACGAGUUCUCUCACAUCAUCUUCAGAGGCUUCAUUGUCCAGAACAAGCUCAUCAAUCAUCCUUGACGAAUACUUCUGGACCAAUUACCUACCUCAAGAAGAUCCGACUUUGGACGGCAGCAUUGGUGGAAUAUUAUCGGCGCCUUGGAUUCCGACUAUCCGUCAGUUGGCGAAUCAGAAUUCAGAUGUGCGAUAUGCCAUACAGGCUUGCGCUUUGGCUGGUCUUGGGUGGAUGUCAGAAGAUCAAACGCUCAUUAUCCGCUCAGGGGCAUACUACGCACAAGCGCUCAAGCAAACGAAUGUCGCUCUGCAAGAUUCAGCAUCGGCAUGUGAUGACAGCGUGCUUGCUUGUUGUCGGCUUCUUUCACUGUUCGAAAUGCUCAGACGAAUAGCCUCUCCCGGUAACUCAAAUCGAGAUCAAGUCUUAGACUGGCGGACUCAUGUAAACGGCACCUGUCGUCUUGUUCAACUUCGCGGACGUCAAAAACAUGUGUCAGGUCACGGCGUUGAAUUGUAUGACGGGGUUCGGUUGACGGCUAUCAUCCAAGGGCUUGUGAGACGACAGCCGAACGCCUUCACGAAGCUCGCGUGGAAGCUGCCUCAAAGAAAUAUGAGGGAUGAGUUGUUCGAGCUGAUCAAUCCAGUGCCGCAGCUCCUCCAUGAUUUUGAUGUACUUCAUAAGUUUGAAAUUGGCAUAGAGACCGUGUCAGCAAGUCGUCAGCACAUUGUGCUGGGACUCGCCCUGUUGCGGCAAUCUGUCGAAAUCUGCUAUGCGAUGAGAGAGUGGGAGGUCAAGGUCCUGUCGCUGUGUGAAAAGAAGAAAUUUUCGGAUGUUCGCGCGUACGCAAUGCCCACAUCGCAAGCGUCCCAGGAAGAAGCUUCGCUCUUCGAUUCUUGUAGAUCGUAUGGCCAUGGGUUCUUCGCUAUAUGCACACAGUACUGGACGAUGUGCAACAUCCUGUAUGGCUCACUAAGAACAUUUCAUCUACAACUCCAGGCAUUCAUGGACAUCUGGACGCCGGGAGACAAGAUGCCGGUCUUGCCUGAAUGGAUCGGUCCUGAGAUGCCGGCUGUGUAUAUUGCUCAAGUCGCAUCGCACUUCUUCAAACCAGGGAUGGGUCUCUGGGCUGCCCAUGCCGCCGUCUUUCCCGUGAGUACUGCAUUGUGUCACUUUGCAAGGACUGGCAGACGGGAUUCACCAGCGGUUAGUACAAUGGUGGAUGCGUUCGCGACAAGCAAGACUGGCAUUAUCAUGCGCGAUUUCCUUGAGGCGAUAGGUCUGAGUUGAGAAGAAUUCCGCAUGUCGGCAUCUCCAGGAGGUUGUUAGAGGCGGGUAGACCUGCCAUUCAUAUGACCCUAGGCAUAGCGAGCUACGAUAUCGAAGAUAGAGUUGAGCGUAGCAGAUGACAUUUUUUACGUUUGCUGUACCGUCUGCUCUCGUCGUAUCGG